UCGUCAAAUCAAUUGUAAAUUGAUGAAUAAAAUAACACUAAGAAGCUUGAAGUGGAUGGUUGGUCAUGACAACAAAAGUGAAAUUAUUCCUUAGAAAAAAAAAACUAAAGAAAAACAACAAUUGGAAAGUAAAACCAGAAGCAAGAAAAAAAAAAUACCAACCCAUGCUCAUGGUUCCGGCAAGCAAUAAGCGUUGCAUUUAUGUGAUCUGGAAUUAAGUGGAAACUAUACCCUGCUGCACAUUGUGUGUAGCAUAAUCACAUCUUGUUAAGGGCUUCCAUUAGCAUCACAUCGCGGGCCAAUUUGCAUAAAAAAUCAACUGCUGGAGAGGAAAGUUUGCAGUUCUUGGAAGCAGCUGUCGAGAUGAACAAAAGGAUCACCCUCACGCUCCUCGCCGCCACCACGAUGGCCGCUCCCCAGCGAUUCGGCGGUGGCCGCAGCUCGAGCAGUGACGAUAAAUCGGCCUCCAUCCUGGUCGACGAGUUUGUGCUGAACCCCGAAGGCACCUACGUGUACAAGUACGAAACCAGCAACGGAAUCAGUGCGUCCCAAACGGGCGGAGAAAAUGGCCUGUACGCGAACGGAUACUUCUCGUACCUGGACCCCGAGGGUCAACGCGUCGAGCUGACCUAUCUGGCCGACGAGUAUGGCUUCCAGCCCCAGGGAUCGCAUCUGCCGGUGGAACCCCCGGCGCCGGACCAUGUCAUCAAGACGCUGGAGGAGAUCCGCGCGGCGGCUGGUCCCGACUCGGAGCUGGACAUUCCGAUGCUUGAGGCCACCAUUGCUCGGUUGAAGGCUACUCAGGGUUAGAUAGAUGAGAGCGGUGCAUUGCAGAACAUGACGAUGAAUGCAAGUGAGGAAAUGUUUUCCGAUGAAACUGAAUGCUUCUAAAUAUAAGAGAACUUAUUAAAUAAGGCUA